CAGGUAAAAUUACACAGGAUUUGUUAUGCAGGAAUCGCAGCCUGGAGCCAGAUUUGGUUUUGCACGGGUCUGAGUUUCCAGCACUGUCCGACAGCAGCCUCGUAUCCAUGCGGUGCCCGCAUCUGAUUUGGGAACCAGAGCGGGCUGGUGGCAGCAAGCAGAGCGGCGCUGUUCCAGAGCCCCACUGGGCAGGUCUCUGAAGGCACACCGGGUUUGUGCAGGAAUUAAAACCCCCCGAUUAGCGUAAGAAGAGAUCUUCCAUCCAGCAUGCAGGUAAAGGGCAAAAACAUGAGUUUAAAGGAUGCGGGUUGCAGAAUAAAGGCGGAGGUGGACUUGUCUCCUAUCAACUAAAACCCUCUGUGCAAGGAAAUAAAGCCCACACUUAAGUUCACAUUCAAGAAAGGCAGGAAAACUGCCCAAGCUGUCCUCAGGGAAGGAGAGAAGCAAGCAACGCUGUGAACUCAGUUUGGAGCGCUUCUGAUGAGGAAAAUCACGAGCCGUGACAGUCUCUUGGCCCACCUCGCCAAGCUGCAGACAGCCUUGGGAUGAUGUUUCGUGGAGCCACCUGACGCUCUCUGUCAUUCCAGGCUGGCCCUUUGACAACAUCAUGUGCAAGAUGAGCGGCCUGGUGCAGGGGAUGUCCGUCUCGGCCUCUGUUUUCACUCUGGUGGCCAUUGCCGUGGAAAGGUUUCGCUGUAUCGUCCACCCCUUCCGACAGAAGCUGACGCUGAGGAAAGCCCUGGUCACCAUCGCCGUCAUCUGGGUCCUGGCUCUGAUCAUCAUGUGCCCCUCUGCCAUCACCCUGACGGUCACGAGAGAGGAGCACCACUUCAUGGUGGACACCUACAACAACUCCUAUCCCCUCUACUCCUGCUGGGAGGCCUGGCCCGACACGGGCAUGAGGAAAAUCUACACGGUCGUGCUUUUCUCCCACAUCUACUUGGCUCCCCUCGCCCUCAUCGUGGUCAUGUACGCCCGGAUCGCCUUGAAGCUGUUCAAGUCUGCGGCACCCGCCGGCGGCUCCCAGGCGGAGGAGCCGGAGGGGCGGAGGGUCUCCAAGAGGAAGGUGAAGGUCAUCAACAUGCUGAUCAUCGUCGCGCUCUUCUUCACGCUGUCCUGGCUGCCCCUGUGGACGCUGCUGCUGCUGACGGACUACGGCCACCUGAGCGAGCGCGAGCUCCGCCUGAUCACCGUGUACAUCUUCCCCUUCGCCCACUGGCUGGCCUUCUUCAACAGCAGCGUCAACCCCAUCAUCUACGGGUACUUCAACGAGAACUUCCGCAGGGGCUUCCAGGAGGCCUUCAAAGCCCCCUUCUGCUCCCCGCAGCAGGAGCACCGCGGCGCCUACUCCGAGAGGAGCCACAGCCGCGGGCUCCUCUUCGGCGUCCGCAACCGCGUCUUCGUGAAGGAGCAGCCCAGCGACUCGGCGUCGGGGCCGGGCCGCCCGCCGCGGGGGCCCUUCGCCCCGCGCCCCGGCCGCGGGCUGGAGCCGGCGGACCCCGACCGCAAAGCUUGCUCGCGCCGCAGCAUCAGCAUCGCCGCGUGGGACCUCUGAGCGGGCGGGCAGGGCGCGACGCCCGCUGCCCGGCCGCCCGGGACCAGGGCGCCGCGCCGCUCCGGGAGCUCGUCCCCCUCGCCAGGAAGGACGUCUGCUGGAAGAUGCCGGCUUCCACUGCCGCCACGGCGCCGAGCUAACGCGCCGCGCGGCUCGGC